UGACAAUCCAGGCAACAAAAUAGCCUAGCCUGUUGUAUUUGUUUCUCAAGUCGCGUUCGAUUUGUUGUUUACUAAAAAAAACACAAUUUGUUUUCAAAGGGACUAAUUUCCAAUUGCAUGGGUCGCAUUUCUUCGCUCACUAUAAACGUAAAAUAAUCCUCCAAAUAUAGCUCUCACACACGCACACAUCCACCAUGGACCGAAAACGACCCAUUUCCCGCAUCACAAAUCAGCAGCUGAGCCGGUUGAUAGGCUGCCUGGAGUCGGAACCAGACGUUGCCCGAAACCUUGUACGGGGUCCACAGAACGGUUUCUGGCGCAAGGUUGCCAGCGAGCUGAACGAUAUAGGACCGUCACGUAAAGAUGUUACAUCGUGGAAGAGGGCUUGGUUUGACUACAAGUGUAGUGCGAAGAAGCGAGUCAUGCAAUACAAUGCGGCCAUUGCGGCGGGCAUCUAUCCAAAGCACCUGUCCCCCAUACACAAACGUGUGAUAAAGCUGUUGGGUUUGGAGAUUAAGAAAGCAAAGCUGACGGAGGACAUCGGUUCCGGGUCGGAUGAUAUGGUUAGCGAGGAGGCCACCCACUUUGACGCGGACCCAACGGAUUCCAACAUGGAUGGGAGAGGAGGCGCAGGAGGUUUGAUGCAGGACGGGGCAGUGUCCGACGAUAAUAUGGACGAGGCACCAACGCCAUCCGGCAACACGAUCCGAGCGUGCCAGAAACGGUUGGCCAAACUUCCCAACAUAACCAUUAAAAAGCACCGCAACGAUACGGAGGACCCGUUGGGAAACGGGGGCUACAGUAGUUCUGCACCUUUCGGCGCAUCGGCCAGAAGACGGGCGAGGGAAGCCACCAUUCGCAAAGCGCUCGAAACCAACCAAGCGCUAAUCACAUCGGUAAAUGCUUCCCUAGAGGCCAGCAAGGAGUUUACCGCUGAGCUGCGAACGAUGGCGAAAACGUUUGAAGAGAUGAACGCGAACAUGAAGCACGUGAGUGGCGUGCUGCGCAAUUUAACGGAGGUAUUGAAAUCGAAAUAAAAACGCAACUGGAAAUUAU